AUGACUAUAAUGAACGGUAAGACUCAAUACGAACACAUCUCCAGUUACAAACCAAUUUUCCAAACGUCUGUUAAUAACGUUUCUAGGUUCAGAAAGACUAUUACUUUCACUGACAAUGUUGUUCCAGAUACCGAUGACAACACUUUAACCACUCAAUUGUUAUACUCUCAAGGUUCUAAUGUGUAUGAAAUUGAUUGUGUCUUACCAUUGGAAUCUUUUAACAAUUCCAUAUUAUUGUUGGAUGAUCAAGAUAAUGAAGUGGUUCCAGGCGAAUCUACUGAAUCUGCUACUAGAAAGCCAGAUUUGGAUUACGGUAAGGCUUUUGAAUCAAUGGAAAAAAACCCAUUGAACGCUAAAUGGGCUUACCAAGGUGAAACUAUUACAAAAUUGACCUACAUUUCUGGUUCAUCUACUGAUGUCAAUGCUAUUGGUAUGGCCUCUAACGGUUCAUUGGCUUGGUUCAGAGAUGGUGUUAAAGUACCAGUACAUAUCAUGCAAGAAAUGAUGGGUCCAGGUACAUCUUUCUCCUCCAUGCAUUCUAUAAAGGGCUCAGAACAUUUGGCAGUAUCUGAUUUUUCCAUUUCUUUUGAUUCCGAAACAGUAGUUAAAUCUCAUAGUAAUGGUUCUGCUGACGAAAGUAUUUUGAAAAUUGUUGAUAAUUCAGGUAAACCAGGUGAAUUAUUGAGAAAAUUAAGAGUCCCAGGUACUACAGUGACUCAUGCUGUUAGAUUCUUGGACAACCAUAUGUUUGUUACAUGUUCUGAUGAUAAUAUCGUUCGUUUCUGGGAUACUAGAACUAAAGAUGAACCUUUAUUCAUUCUAAGUGAUCCAAAUAACGGGUUGUUAACUUCUUUCGAUGUAUCUCCAGUGGCUACUUCUCUUUUCGCUACAGGUUCUGAUACUGGUAUUGUUAAAUUAUGGGAUGUCCGUGCUGUAUCCAAUGCUGCUGUUGAUCUAUCCAACAGACAAAACGGUGAAGAUCCUAUCCAAACUGAAAUCGUCACUUUACAUCAUGCUGGCGGUGACAAUGUCGUCGAUAUCCAUUUCUCAGAAACUUCUUCCAACGAAUUCGUCACAGUGGGUGGUACUGGUGAUGUAUACCAUUGGGAUAUGUCCUCUUUCAUGUCUGAAUUCGAUGAUGACAACGAUGAUACUGAAGUCUUGAACUUACCAGCCACAGAAGAAGUUAACUCUACUUGUUUGAAAUUCUUCCACACUGGUGGAUCUAAGAGAUCUCCAUCCAACAGAGGUAUGAAGAACACUGUAGCUUGGCAUCCAGUCAUCUCCGAUUUGAUCGGUACUGUGGACGUAGACAGCUUGAUUUCUGUUUAUAAACCAUUCACUGCUCCAGCUAAUUGA